AUGGUACUUUUAGGUGGAAUUUUAAUUGAUAUUAUUGGUCCAAAUAAAAUUAGUACUAUAUUCUGUGGAGUUGCAGUUAUUUCAACAAUAAUUAGUGCAUCAUCAUUAUCUAGUUAUAAAGGAUUAUUAAUUGGUAGAUUUAUAUUAGGUAGUGGUGGUGAAAUGUUAUUGUCAUGUGCAGCGACAAUGGUUCCAAUGUGGUUCUUACCAAAUGAGAUUCCAUUAGCCAUGGGUGCUUUAUACUCUAUUAUCUAUUGGGGUAAUCUUGCAAGUUUAUUAGUAUUACCAAGAAUUAGAGCAUCAUUUGGAUUGGAAGCUGCAUUUUGGUUUAUUGUGGGUGUAUUUAUUUUUGGCUUCAUUUUAAAUUCUUUAUUAAUUAAAUUCGGUAAACGUUUAAAAUGGGAUACAAAUACAAAUAAAAAUAAAAAUAAAAAUACAAAUAGUAUUAGUAGUGAAUUAAAAAUAAAAUUAACAAAUACAAUAUCCUCAGAAGAUAUUAUUAUUCAAAAUGGUGAUACUAGUAAUGGAGGUGGUAGUGGUGUUUCAACACCAAAUUUUAUUAUUAGAAUUCCAAGUUCAACAACAACAACUGAUGAUAUGGAUAGUGAAUAUAAUGAUAUUGGUGUUGAUAUUGAGUCAAGUAGUGAUGAUAGUAGUGCUAGUAGUAAUAGUGGUAAUAAUUCACCACGUGGUGCUAUUAAUAUUAAUAUUGAUAAAGUUUCAACAUCAUCAGUAUCAUCAGCAGAUCAAGAGAGUGAUGAAGAAAUUAAUAAUAUUAUUGAAAUUAAAAAAGAAUCACCAUUUAGAGAAUUUUUAAAUAGAGUAAUUGAAAUUAAAGAUCAGUCAAAGAAAUUAUCAAAGAGAUUUUGGCUAUUGUCUUUAAUUUGUUUCUUUGGUUAUUUGACAAUGUUUGGUUUUGCUAUUAUCGGUACCGAUGUAUUGAAAAUUAAAUUUGGUUAUGAUGAGAAGAAAGCUGCAAAUUAUAUGGCGGCAGAAGCAAUUGUAAAUAGUAUUUUACCAAUUUUCACUGGCUGGUUUAUUAUUAAUUUACGUGGUAGAAAAAUUCAAAUAAUGGCAUUCGCAUCGUUUUUAUUAGGAAUGGGUGUACUGUUAUUGAAUGUAACCAAUGCAAAUCCAUUGCCUUGGAUCAUUAUGUGUGGUGUUGGUUUCUCAUUUUUAAAUACAACUUUAAUGUCGUGUGUACCAUUGUUGGUUGAUAUGUCAAUCGUUGGUACUGCUUAUGGUAUAGUUACAACAGCCUACAAUAUUAAUAUUAUGGCUUUUCCACCAUUAUUAGAUUAUGUAAAACAAUCAACUGGUUCAUAUACUAUUUCUUUGGCAAUUCUAUCAAUGUCAUCAGUAGUAACCAUAAUGUUAUUGGCUUUAUUAAAAUAUUGGGAUUUACAAGUACCACUAUCCCAAUCUUUAGAUUCACCUUUAACUACAAUUAAUAAUAAUGAUUUAUUAAUUGAAAAUUAUGAUAAAGUUAUUGAUAAUGAUGAAAAAGAUUUUAAUGAAAAAAAGUUUGAAAAUAAUGGUUUAAUUUUGGUUUAA